AUGGAUUGCGAGGAUCCGUUAUUUAUCAAGCACCUGGCCAUGAAACGACAGGUAAUUCUGUUUGAUGGCCCUGGGGUUGGUAGAUCUGGAGGUCAGAUUCCAAGCUCGCCCAAGGAAUCAGCAGAGUAUCUCGCCGAGUUUGUGAAAAGCCUCGGCUUUAGCAAGGUAGAUAUCUGGGCAUUCUCAAUGGGCGGAUGUACAGCACAAAUGGUAGCUUUAAACCAUCCGGAUCUCGUCCACCAUCUGAUCUUGUGUGGAUCUCUGCCAAGUAUAGGCCCGGGCAUUACACCACCACCGCCAGCGCCUUUCCGGCCUUACCGAAACGCCGCUACAUUCGAAGAGCAGGAAAAGGCUUUUAAAGAGGGGUGCUUUCCAUCUUCAACAGAGGGUCGCCAGGCGGCUGAAGCAGCCUGGCAGCGAACCUUUAACCAGGGCGGAGGAGCCGGUGCGUUUGUGGACAUUGAGGGUGGACGACGACAAUUCACAGCAUUUGCCAGGUUUAUGAAUCCUGAUCAUGCUGGAGAUGGAUCUUUUAACAGGCUACAUGAGCUACAGAUGCCUGUUUUAAUUAUGAGGGAUAAGUCCUAA